AUGAGUGAAGAUGAUGAAUAUAUAAAGGCAUUGGAAAUUCAGAGGAGAAAUUUUGAAGCCCAAUUUGGGUCUAUUGAGGAUAUGGGAUUUGAAGACAAAUCAAAGGCUCAAGCAGAAUCUGAAGAUGAAGACGAGAAUUCAAGCCAAGAUUCAUCAGACCAAUCAUCGGAAGAACAAGAUUCAGAAUUCGAUGAAGUUGGCUCUAAUGUUGAUGAAGAGGAAAUGUAUUUUUUAGAGGGUGAUGAAGAUCAAGAUGAUGUCCCCAAACCCAAAGUGUUUAAACUCAAUGAUAGUUCAAAUACACCACCUCCAGUUGUUUCCAAACAGGAUCGAAAACUAUUAAAAUCAGGUCGAGCCCCAACAUUAUUAGAAAUAUCGAAGAAAGAAAAGCUAGCUGCGAAACAACAAGCCAAACAACAAUCUGCUAAAUCCAAAGCAGAGGAUGAAGAAAAUCUUGCCAACGACUUAAAACUACAACGAUUGCUAAAGGAAUCACAUAUUUUGGCCAACACGUUAGAAUAUUCUGGGGCUGAUUUGACUUUGCAAACGAUUGACUUUGAGGAUCCAACAGGUAAAGCACGUAGAAGAGCAUUGGAUUCGAGAAUUCGUGAGUUGGCAAGUACAAAUUCAAGAACUGGGGGGUUGCCUAAAAAGUUGGAAAAAAUGCCUAUGGCUAUGAGAAAGGGGAUGAUUAAGAAACGUGAUGAGAGAAUAAAGAAAUAUGAAAAAGACGCAAGAGAUGCUGGAAUAGUAUUAUCAAAAGUUAGAAAAGGAGAGCUACGUGAUUUGGAUGCAGGAAAAGGAUCAACCUCAUCUAGUGAUAGAUUGGGUACAGGCAAAAAAGUCGAUAAAAGAAUCAGAGAUAGAGGUUUGAAAAUUAAUGGUAUUGGUAGAUCUACUAGAAAUGGAUUAGUAAUAUCUCAAGGGGAAAUAGAUAGAGUAAAUCGUGGUGGUAGAAAAGGAUUCAGGAAAAGAAGAUAA